AUGGGCAAAGUAAACUCCAAAUCCAUUCGUUAUCCUCCAUCUCCCACAUCUCCUUCCAAAAAAUCAAAACGUUCACGUCAAAAAUCUAAUGCUAGUUCUACUACAUCUCAAGAAUCCAAUUCUUCAUUCAAAAGAUCGUCUGAUAAUAUUAAUCAACAACAAUGUCCAUCACCUGCAUCGUCACAAGAAAGUUUCUUUUCACCAUGUCGUUCGAUGGAUUUCGAUAUAUAUGAAUAUAUUGGAGAUAGAAAGCAUUGUAAUAAUAGUUUAGACCACGUAAAUUAUAUUUAUCCAGUUGAUGAAGAUGAAAUUGAUAGAGGUCAAAUGCAACAUUUUAUGUAUAAACAUGUUUGGGGAAAUAAUUUUUCUUCUCCCGUUCACGAUUUAUUACAAGAAGCAGAUACUAAAGUAUUGGAUAUUGG